AUGUUCCCAACGUUCAUGAUCUAUGGGCAAUCGCGUCGCUGCUUCACGCCUGAGCUGCGAGCAAUUGCCUUCCAGGCUCGACAGCCGACUUCAGAACUGGCACGACAAACUUCACCGAAACGCACCUGGGACUUCGAACACUUUGUCAAAGUCCACCUCGACCAAUGGUCCUUCCAUGCGAUCCCUUCUGGCAUCCAACGUCAUUUAGAAAGAUAUGGCUUUCUGACUGCCCAAGAACUUGAUGCGAUAUCCGAUACUAUCUAUACCUUAGUGGAUCAGCUUCAAGAUACUUUUUCUACCCUCUGCAAAGCCCAACGUGCAGUGAAAUAUAUUGAGAUGACAUUGGAUUUGUCUGACCCCGAAGUUUCCGUCCACCAUGCUCUACUCGUGGCACAACUGAAGGUCUCGAAAACGGAAUAUAAGGAGUAUAUGCGCACAUUCAAGCGUUACAAUAAGGGCAUUGCCAAACUUGGAGCAAUACUUUCUCGGGAGAACAAGAGCACCUGUGAUUUUGAGGAUGCUGAAGCUGGAUCGGUUGUUGAACCCACCUCACCAGUUGUCGAACCCAAUGCACCGCUAGCCUAG